UUGGAUGCUGGACCACCCACCAACACACAUUCACCCACAAAACACCCCACCUCGCCAGGCGAUUCCGCAACAGGAUAAAAGAAGGCAGAUCAAACACACGCAGCUCAGUGGAUGUCACAUCCUCACAGAAAGCGGUUGGGCGGAAUUUCGGAAAAAUCAAAACAUAUACCACAGGAAAAUCAGUUAAAACACUCAGCGAAAGUGCCGCCAAGUGAAAAUGUUAAAUAUCUGCUAGAUAAGAAAAUCCAGCGAGUGACAAGUGAUUGAUAUCCAGCGGGGCAAUCAUCGGAAACCGGAAACUGCCAUCUCAAGCGAUUUCAAGAUGCGGUCAAGACGGCUUUUGGUCCUGCCGUUGCUGCUGCUGCAAUUAAUUUUCAACUGCCGAGAAGCUCAAUCACUGCCCGAUAUUAUCAAGAUUGGUGGGCUCUUCCAUCCCUCCGACGACCACCAGGAGCUGGCCUUCCGCCAGGCGGUGGACCGCAUCAACGCCGACCGAUCCAUCCUGCCGCGCUCCAAGCUGGUGGCCCAAAUCGAGCGCAUCUCGCCCUUCGACAGUUUCCACGCCGGGAAAAGGGUUUGCGGCUUACUGAACAUCGGUGUUGCAGCCAUUUUUGGGCCACAAUCCUCGCACACCGCCAGCCAUGUGCAGAGCAUUUGCGACAACAUGGAGAUUCCCCACUUGGAGAAUCGCUGGGACUACCGGCUGAGACGCGAAAGCUGCCUGGUGAAUCUUUAUCCGCACCCUAAUACGCUCUCCAAGGCUUACGUGGAUAUCGUGCGACACUGGGGCUGGAAGACUUUCACCAUUAUCUACGAGAACAAUGACGGCAUCGUGAGGCUGCAGGAGCUUUUGAAGGCCCACGGGAUGACGCCUUUUCCCAUUACUGUGCGGCAGCUAAGCGACAGCGGGGAUUACCGACCCCUUCUGAAACAGAUCAAGAACUCGGCGGAGGCGCACAUCGUGCUCGACUGCUCCACGGAGCGGAUCCACGAGGUGCUGAAGCAGGCGCAGCAGAUUGGCAUGAUGAGCGACUAUCACAGCUACCUGGUGACCUCGCUGGAUCUGCACACGGUGAACCUGGACGAGUUCCGGUAUGGCGGCACGAAUAUCACCGGAUUCCGGCUGAUCAACGAGAAGAUCGUCUCGGAUGUGGUGCGCCAGUGGAGCAUCGACGAGAAGGGCCUGCUGCGAUCGGCCAACCUGACCACCGUGCGCUCGGAAACGGCUCUCAUGUACGAUGCAGUGCAUCUGUUCGCCAAGGCGCUGCACGACCUGGACACCUCGCAGCAGAUCGACAUCCAUCCGAUCAGUUGCGAUGGCCAGAGCACCUGGCAGCACGGCUUCAGUCUGAUCAACUACAUGAAGAUUGUUGAGAUGAAGGGCCUCACGAAUGUGAUUAAGUUCGAUCACCAGGGCUUCCGCACGGACUUCAUGCUGGACAUUGUGGAGCUGACGCCGGCAGGCAUACGGAAGAUCGGCACCUGGAACUCCACGCUGCCCGAUGGCAUCAACUUCACGCGCACCUUUAGCCAGAAGCAGCAGGAGAUCGAGGCGAAUCUGAAGAACAAAACACUGGUGGUCACGACCAUAUUAAGUAAUCCCUACUGCAUGCGCAAGGAGUCGGCCAUUCCCCUGAGUGGCAACGAUCAGUUUGAGGGCUAUGCGGUGGAUCUGAUCCAUGAGAUCUCCAAGUCGCUGGGCUUCAACUACAAAAUACAACUGGUGCCAGAUGGCAGCUAUGGAAGUCUCAACAAACUAACGGGCGAAUGGAACGGCAUGAUCCGGGAGUUGCUGGAGCAGCGUGCCGACUUGGCCAUUGCGGAUCUCACCAUUACCUUCGAGCGCGAGCAGGCGGUGGACUUCACCACUCCCUUUAUGAAUCUGGGUGUGUCCAUAUUGUACAGGAAGCCCAUUAAGCAGCCACCCAACUUGUUCUCCUUCCUGUCGCCGUUGUCCUUGGAUGUGUGGAUCUACAUGGCCACCGCCUAUUUGGGUGUCUCUGUGCUGCUUUUCAUUCUGGCAAAAUUCACUCCCUAUGAAUGGCCUGCCUAUACGGAUGCCCAUGGCGAGAAGGUCGAGAGUCAGUUCACCCUGCUCAAUUGCAUGUGGUUUGCCAUUGGAUCGCUGAUGCAACAGGGCUGCGACUUUUUGCCCAAGUAAGUAAAUAAACCUUGAUUAGUUUUUUACCUUUUGAAACGUAUUUCUUGCAGGGCUUUAUCCACUCGCAUGGUGGCCGGCAUUUGGUGGUUCUUCACCCUGAUUAUGAUUUCCUCGUACACUGCCAAUUUGGCUGCCUUCUUGACUGUCGAACGGAUGGAUUCGCCCAUCGAAAGUGCCGAGGAUCUGGCCAAGCAGACGAGAAUCAAAUACGGCGCUUUAAAGGGCGGGAGUACGGCUGCCUUCUUUAGGGACUCAAAGAUCUCCACAUAUCAGCGCAUGUGGUCUUUCAUGGAAUCAGCUCGUCCCUCUGUUUUCACAGCCAGCAAUGGCGAAGGAGUGGAUCGGGUGGCCAAGGGCAAAGGAUCCUACGCCUUUCUGAUGGAGUCCACAUCCAUUGAGUAUGUGACCGAACGCAACUGCGAACUUACGCAAGUCGGUGGAAUGCUGGAUACCAAGAGCUAUGGCAUAGCCACACCGCCUAAUUCCCCCUAUCGCACUGCCAUCAACAGCGUGAUACUCAAGCUGCAGGAGGAGGGCAAGCUGCACAUCCUGAAAACCAAGUGGUGGAAGGAGAAGCGCGGCGGCGGCAAGUGCCGCGUGGAGACCUCCAAGUCCUCGUCGGCGGCCAAUGAACUGGGACUGGCCAAUGUGGGCGGCGUCUUUGUGGUCCUCAUGGGCGGCAUGGGCGUGGCCUGCGUCAUCGCCGUCUGCGAAUUCGUUUGGAAGUCACGCAAGGUCGCCGUGGAGGAGCGCCUAAGUGCGAUACUGAACGAAUGAGAAAAGUCGUAAACCCGGGACGAAUGGGUCUAGGACUCUAGACGGCAAAAUGGGUCUCGGGAGAUCAAUCAAAAAUGCUAGUAGAGAAAGGGAACGUGCAAUCCGGUAGAGCGUAUAUCAAGAGCAAUAGACGAAAUAGCCAAUUUUGGACAUCCCCAAAUCAAAUGUUUU